UUAAACCUGACUGAACCUCCCACUAUUUCCGUCUUCACUUUUCUAACACUUAAAACAGCAACCUAGUUUCACAACAAAGUUUAACCGUCUCAAAUAUAAAGUUUUGAAUAUUAAUCUAUAUAUUUUCAGGAUAAAAAAAUAAUUCUAAACCUUGACAUGAACUUAUCACUAACGCACAAGCAAUAAUAUAAUGGCUCUUCAAACAGUAAUAUUUAAAACAACACUGGACCAUCACGUGAACAUUGUACCACAGCAAUAAUGAAAUAUAAGUGAAGUGAUGGUUGGAGUGAAGUCAUGUGGCGAUGGAGACGAGGGACACAGGGGCUGGGCUUGGGGAUCUUGCCAGUGGUUGUGGUAGUAGUGCUACUAAAAGUACUAUGGCCCUCAAGUGUCCCCAGGCCUUCCACUGUACUGCAUUUGAUGAAUACGUCAACUUAUUUAAACAGCUUGCAUCACAUGUCACUGGAGCCAACUACAUCAAUAGGGACAUGCAGAAACAAUAAAGCUGAUGUACUAUUGAUUGUACCAUCUUCUGUGGCCAACCAUGAAGCAAGACAAGCAGUUCGGAAAAGUUGGGGUGCCCACUUGCCAUCUUCGUGGCCUCUUGUUUUUUUUAUCGGAGCAACUAAUGAUAGAUCACUGCAGGAUCGGGUGACAGCUGAAGCUAAACAACAUGGAGACAUAGCACAGGACCUUAGCUUCCAUGAUUCCUAUUCCAACCUUACUCUUAAGACUCUCAGUCUUCUGAGCUGGGCACAAAACUUCUGCAGGGAUACCAGUUAUGUUCUCAAAAUUGAUGAUGAUGUCUUCCUCAAUGUAAAAAGACUGUACAAGUUAACGGUGUGUGUUACUGAGGCAAGGCAGAACAUAUAUAGAACAAAGAGGGAAGACAACCCACUAAACUCGGGCUUACAGGAGUUAACACCUUUCAGCCUGUCAUCUGUGGACUCUUCCUUGGAAAAUUUAUGUAAUGGGUUCAAGCCACAUCAAUCCAUUAAUUAUUUAAUUAAUUCCCAGAGUCAUGAAUAUGAGUCAUACAUGUUUGCAGGUUACUUGUACGAUGGAAUCAGAGCAGACAGAAACCCACACUCUAAGUGGUAUUUGGACCCCAAGAUUUACUCUAGUGACAUUCUCCCACCCUUCUUAUCUGGUACAUCUUACAUCAUGACCUCUAAUAUUAUCCCUCAUCUUUUGGAGGAAGCAAAAUCUAAGCCAAUAAUAGAGUUGGAAGAUGUUUAUAUUUCUGGUCUUGUCGGUUAUAGUGGACUCAAACUAAAACUGAGCCAUCUGGAAGGAUGGAGUAGGUUCCGUCCACGUUGGGACAGUCCGUGUAUGUACCGUGAGCUCAUCACUGCUCAUGGUCUCUCUCCUUCAGAACUCUCUGCUAUGACUCGAGCAAUAAACAAUUUAAGCAGUGACGAUUGCAAUGGCUUUUUGGUUUAUCUUGCAAACUCGUUCAACUCUUUUGUCUCUUCCAUAUUUCCCAGGUUACCAAAGUAAACCACAGCAUAAUAAGUGAAUUAUUCUAACUCGAUAAAAGAGAGAAGAAAGUGAAUGAUGUUAAAAUGGACCGUGUGCAAAUGCCGAGUGUAUAGAAUUACAUUACCACAAUAAUUAGUAAAAACAAAACUAGAUCUUAUUAUAAUGAUAUAUAAGUUGUCAAAGAUAAGGUGUUUUUAACAAGUAGAAAGAGUGGUUGUAGAGAAGCUUUGCAAUGCAAUACAGUAUUUGAUUAAUUUUCAGGAAGAAACAUACACUUAAAUUGCUUAGACAAGAUGGAGUGAGUAUAUCAGAGAAAAGGUUCCGCUUUGUUUUAAAUUUUGAAUAGAAUCUGCAUGAGUAAAACAACACUGGAGUUCCCUCAAUUAAACAAAGCAAGAGUUCCAAGGUUAAAAUACUAAAACAGAGAUAAAUGCCUCUGCAAAUGUUGGAAAUAGAAUCUCAAAUACAGUAUUGUACUGGUCAACUGACUUUUUUUUUUUAACAAAAAUAACACGUGUAUAACAGCAGAAGCAAUGUACUGUAUAAUAACUCUGUGUUGAGACUGUAACAUUUGUGCUUAGGGUAAACAAAAUGAUCCGGUUACAAAGUGCUGUGUAGAUUUAUAUCAAAAUAUUUUAAAAUCUUUUGGUGGAUUUUACUGAAAUCAAAAUAGUGAAAAUAGUAACUGAUACAAUAAAUUUAUUAUUUCUGUUCAAUACCAAUGUGCUGGGGGGAUAUUGGCAUGAGAACGUUACACUGGUUGAGUGGUGAAGUUGUGUACUGUAUACCGUACAGGUGAAAGUGUGUUCAAUAGGCAUGGCUGCCCAUUAGGAAGUGUGGAUACAAGAUACCAGAUACUGCAGUGAUAUAUUAAUACAUUUUAAACCGUGUAGAAUGCGCUCUAAUUUAGUUACCUAUACACCCCUGUACAGUACUUAUAGUAUUUAAUUUUUUAUCACCAUUAAAAAGCUGAACCUUUUUUUCUACAAUUCAUAUUUAGUCAAUAUUUAUAAGAAGUAAUAAAUUCUUGGAGAAAUUACGAGUUGAACUGGGAGUAAAAAAAAAUUCUGCUCUGGGGUGAGCCGUCAAUAUCGUCAUAGUAACCAGGCCAUCUCAGCCACGAGCACAACCAAACAAUGGCGCGAUAAACCUGAACACCAUAUGAUGUCUGCUGCCCUUUAAGGAUUAAAAUAAUUUUUGGUCAGAUUGUAUACAGUAAUGAAAACAAAUUACUGUACCCAUUUGUACAAUAUAGACUUACUGUAAAAUAUUUUUGUUUAUACAGUAAAAAUGUGUUGAAGGAGGUAUUACCUAUUCAAUUACAGGUGUAUUUUUUAUUUAUGCUGAAUAAAUACAGUACUGUACUAUAUGAAUACUGUACACUAGUUUUGUUCAAUGCAUAAAAAAUGUACUGGAGUAUAAACAUGCUUUGCAGCACCGUAUGUAUGUGAUCACCAAGCUGUGUUAUGUAUUAUUAAUGUUUAGCACUAAUUAAGGUUUCAAUAGACACAGUAAGCCUCACCACGUAAAUAUAACUGUAUUGAGUGAAUCUUUCGUAACUGAAGAAAUGGUAUGAUUUUUAUCUCUUGGAGUGGCUUAAGUGGGGUAGGUAGUGCCAUUGACUGUGGUGUAAAUCAAGCCAGUUUGUGGAUUAAUAUUGUUUCACUGAAUAAAAUAAAAUAUUUUACUUUUAAGGGAUUAUUGCACAUGAAAUCUGUAAUCUUCAAAUGCUGUACUGUGCUGUAACGUAUUUACAUUGUGUUUAGUUGUAUAGAUACAUGUUCAGAAUGAUCAAAGGCAGUCAUGUUACGGAGUUGUGUUCUUAUGUUAUAAACAGAAUAGAGCUUUAGUAUGGUCAAUAAAUCUCCUUAAGUACUUUACUCUACAGUAUUAGGGAAACUUACAUCAGUUAAAUGAAGGAUAUGAUUUUCCUUGUAGGUUGUGUGUGCAAGGCCACCACUGCCUCUCUUCCCCCCCUUCACCACUCCUAAACUCUCAUAUUCACUGUAAAAAAUCAUACCUUUUGUUUGAUUAAUACAAAGUACUUUCUAGAGUUUACUGUAUAUAUUAAAGCCUUAUUGUGUAUAAACAUUAACAAGACUGCUCAAGUGACAUACAACUGUUGGCACUCACAUUGGGACACCUAAGUGUAUCUCUAUUGGUUCACUGUCAUUGAUGCACUAUGCAUGGUGGCUGAUCAUAGGCACUUCUAAUUCUUGUGAUAUUACUAAGCCAGUCUUACCUGGUAACUACCUAACUAACCAAGGAAGGGUGCUGCACGUGCAAACAUUGGAGUGUUAAAGGAAUCGAGUCAUCCAGUUUCACUAUACUGUACAAUUACUUAGUGUGCAGUGCAGUCUGUAUAAAAUAUAAACCUUAAUGUUUAUGAACUUGUUAGCAGCUACACUAAAGGUGUGUUUUAGAUAAAAAUUUAAAAUUAGCAUUAAGUUGAACUUUUUACACACAAGACUGUGCAUUAUGUAAAUGUGUGUAAUGGGAAGUUACCAGUACUUGAAGGGAAUGACAAAACUUUUGUUACAUUAGAAUUUUCAUUUUGGACCAUCUAGUGUACAGUACUGCAAGUCUGGUAAAGUGAUGCAGGAAAGUAUCAUAACUUUUCUGAAUAUCUCUGCUGAUAUUAUACAAGAUAUUAUGUUUAUGUGUUGUGUGGGCAUUCUAGAUAAUAUAACAGAAGACUUACAUACUUUUUUUUUUAAAUAUGAACCAUAUGUUACUGGUACUAAACCAUGAUACAGUAUUAUAUAUUUCCUUGAAUCUCUAUAAUGAUACUUUACCUGGCUGGGAAUUAUGUAAUUUAUCCCAAUACAUAAGGGGGAAAGUUGAGUUACCCCUGUCUAUGCUUCCGGAAAAACUUGUUAAUGUAGCUACUGUACUAAGUAAACCUACAGUUUCAAUCAGACUUCUUAAUACUUGAAAGACAGUCUACCCAUCCAACAUGGAAGUGCAUAUUAUUGUUGAACAAUUUUGAAAACUGUUACACCAGACAUAUUCCUGAUUUAUAUUAUUAUUUACGAUGAAAUGCUACUUGGUAAUAGAAAUAAAUCCUCCUCAAAUUUCUUUUUAGCCCUUAGAAGCUAACUCCCUUGUGUGAUAUUUACCUCUUCUAUUAGGCAUCAUUAAACCAUGGCAUAAGUAGUGUGCUCAUAAAUCAUCUCUUGGAAGUGAUGAUAAUAAUGGCACUAAUCUAACUUAUGACUCACCUUAAUUUAACAUUCCCUAUGUGCUGUAAAUCACUAUAGAGGCAAAAUGUUCACUUUGCAUACAUAAUGAGGAUAUUUCUACCCAUGUUUCAACUGUCUCUUUUUCAUACAAGAUGUAUAUGUUUCUGCACCUGUCAUAUGAUGAUCUCCCCAACUCUUGCAGCUUUUUGAAUUCUUUGAUCCACUCUAUAAAAAGGCACAAGAGUAAAGCUAAUAGACAGAGAGAGAGGAACUGAAUUUUUUUUUUGAAUCCAUCUAAUUCUAGAAAAUAUGCUAAAUUCUAAUAUGAGUCAGAAAUGUGAGGAUGGCGUUCUAGUUGUAAAAAAUUAUCUUGAACAGGGCCAGAUCUGCUAGCGUAAAACUUGGUACAGUAUGCCUCGGAAUAGUCACAUUACCGUAUGAUAUCUCAAGCUAAUGCUUUAUUAUUGAGGAUAUGAAUUUAAAGAGUGCUUAAGUAAGGUGUAACAUACUGUUAAAAUAUUUAUUACAAUUAAAGAUAUUAUGAUACAAAUAUGUUAUUAAUAAAGCUCUACUGUUAUAAA